GCUUUGUUUUUAAUUCCGUGUGUGUGUGUGUGUUAUUCCUCUCUCUCUCUAUCUCUUUUUAUAUAUAUUGACUAUUAUAACACAGCCUACGUACUUCUCUCAGAGUAUCAACAUGAAAAUCGUCUUGAUUGGUGCCCCUGGCUCCGGUAAGGGGACGCAGAGUUCAUUGGUAAGGAAGCGCUACGACCUAUCCUACCUCGCUACGGGCGAUAUGCUGCGCGAUGCGGUGGCGAGAAAGACCCCACAAGGGAUUCUCGCAAAGAAUGCUAUGGACGCCGGAAAGCUUGUCGACGACGAGAUCGUUUUUGACAUCGUCGUGAGCGCUACCAACGAAUCGAAAAACGCGAAUGGCUGCGUCUUGGACGGAUUCCCACGCACGGUUAGGCAGGCCACAAUGAUGGAGAAUGCCAACAUUCACGUCGACAAGGCCAUUGAAUUCAGCGUCCCUGACGAUGUUAUUUUGAAGCGUACGAGUGGGCGGUGGAUUCAUCAGGCGAGCGGGCGGACCUACCAUGAGGAGUUCAGACCACCGAAAACGCCCGGUGUGGAUGAUGUGACUGGUGAGCCGUUAAUCCAGCGGCCGGACGACCGCUUCGAGGUUGCCAAGAAACGUCUUGAGCUCUUUAAGAGCGAAGCGAACACCCUUGCGGAGUUCUACAAAACGCGUGGCGUGUAUGUUCGUGUUGAUGCUAAUCGCAUAGUUGAUGAGGUUUAUAAAACGAUUGUGGAUCACCUAGAUCCUAUAGCUUCUUCUCUCAAUAUACAAAUAAAUGAAGCGGACAAUAUCUCGUAGCUUAAUAUUUGACUAGUUUACUGAUUCUUUAAUUAAGCGAAACAUAUAACUAACCUAAAGUCACCGUACGCAGUAAGUGUGUUGAAUAAGAUGUUGUGUAUUAUGGGAGAAAUAUAAGUACCAGACCUCAGCAUUCAGAUGUUAGAAAUGUCAGCUCAUGGUUAGCGUUAUUUAACUGGGUAGCGCCAGACUAUAAGUGUAUAGGUGAAUAUCUGAGAUAUACCAAUUUUAAAAUUUUCUCUAGUAUUUUGUUUUUUCCAUGGUUAAUUUUGACUCAUGCUUUCUCAUAACUAAAGUGGUAUAUCAUUUGCACUUUGAUCCUUAGUGAAGUUUGUCUUAAUAACCUUAGCGAUAUUUUCAUUAAAAUAAAAAAAUGGUGAGUUUAUGUAUUCGCAUAAUGAGUAGUGUCUAUCACUUUCAUUAUUCCUUAUGAGGUCGUAUAGAUUUUUUACCAUAUCACACUGUUCUCAUUGUAUUUUAUUUUUAUUCCAAAGUUCGUAUUACGACCUAUCAGAAAUGUAAGCCUAGCAGAAAAUAAUGUUGACAAUAUUAUCUUUGGUUGUGGAAGGUUAUCCACGCGUUUUUGCACAAAUAUGAGAUACCAGGAUGAGGUAAGGAAAUAAAGCACACAUUAUGUUAACAGGUCCCUCUUGAAAGAUUUUUUUACGAAUCAAACAGCUAAAACCUAACUCUUGGACAUAACAUAGAAAUCAUAUAGAAAUUCAACACCUUAAAUAAAGAUGCGCGGCAAUUUUAUUUCUUCUUUGUAUUGGCUUCGUUCGCGCUCAUCGUGCUGGAUAACUCGCGGUGAGGUUGUUAUGGGAAUAAAUUCAGUAUGGAAUUUGAGGUGGAGUGGGCCUGUACGGAAGAUGGCACCAUCCAAACUCACUACAAGUGGGUUGGUUCACAAUUGAUCACUAACCUUCAGUGGAGUAUGUAUCCUCAUUGAUUCGAUUAAAUCAACCCUUAGAUAGAGUUUAUAAUGCAAUAUUUUUAUCACUCUGAGCUCAGCAUGGUUGAAAGGGCAUUUGUUGGAUAAGCGUGGUCAACUUUUUCUCCCUCUGACGUAUGAUAUUAUAUCUGUCUUUAACUAACAUUCUCCUUCUUGUUGGAAUUUGGUUGAAUCGAUUAGUUACGGGUGAAAUGGAUAGGUCUUAUUUUUCCACGCAUUUUCAAGCCAAACUUGUGAGGCUAGGACUGGUGGAAAGGAUUUGGAUGCAUCAUAGUUUUGGAAAGUAUCUUUAAGGUCACAGAAGCACUUUAGGAAAGAGACUUUAAGGUUAGUCUAGCGGCCUAUGUCGAUUAGUUUUUUUCCCUUCAGGAUUUCUUGUGAUGAUGUAUAUUUCCCUAA